AUGGCGUACCACCUAUUCAAAAGGCUACAAAAAGCCAGCGCGUCCAAAGAGAGCAAACCGAAAAAUGAAAAUAGGACGCAGGACAUACAGAGGUGGUUGAAGGAUAUUCACGACGUGCUGAAUAAGGACAUCGUCGAGGAUAACAACAACGAAAGACCUGAUGACGCCAUCUCCUUGAGUGACUACCUGUCCGUCAUUAAUCAAGUUGUGAAAUACACCGAGAAUGCCAAAAGCGGGAGGAACUCAAAGGGGGAAAUAAUAAGUGGGAAGAGCGGCACGAAUGAACAGAAGGAGCAGAGCGACAAAAUAAAUGACGUGGACUUGGAGGACGAGCACCUGGCUACGUCGCGCAUUAAGAACUUUUGCAAACUCAUGGGCGUCAUUAGUGUGUUUGAGAAGUUGAAAAGCGAGCGUGCUGCUACCCCAACUGUCGCAACAGCGGGUUCAAACGAAAACACAAACGCUAAUACCAGUGGCGCAUUAGAGACAGGGGACGGCCCCCAUGGGCCAGAGGCCCGAAGGCGCAAAGCCGAUUUGAUGGAGCAAAAUGGGGUGUGGAGUUUAUUAGAAGAAAUCAUCCUGAACAGCGCAGAAUACCUAAACAAAAUUAUCUGCCUGGACAAAGAAAUGUUUCAAAAAAAAAGUGUAAAAAUUAAUUGUAACAAAUUGAAAAGGUACAUAAAUUACCUGAACGUAUUUUUUGAGGACACGAACCAAGGCCAGUUGCUCUUCAGAAUAAUUCACGUCCAAUUGGAAAGCUCAAAAUUUAUCACCUACGAGUUGGUUCUCCUUUUGCAAAAGCUUUAUAUAUAUGACAAUGUCAAUUUUUAUUUUUACGUGCAUCAUAAUAUUGUCUUUUCGAAUGAUGUUUCCUCCCCCUACUACUACAAUUUGUAUGGAUUGAGGUGCUUCCAAAUUUUGUUCCACGAUGCACAUUCGAAUAACAAGGGUGUGCAUUUGCAGGGGCAGCAGAAAGUUGCUCAAAGUAUUUAUGAACAGUACAGACGCGUCAUUCAAAAUUUAACAAAAAAAAAGUUUUUCUAUCCUCAUUUGAUUAGUUACCCCUUUAACUGCUCCGAAGGCAAGCUAUCAUAUAAAAACAAAAAUGAACAUUAUUACAUUAACGACAAGGACGAAUUUUGCUCCAUCAAGAGUGGUAAACAAUUCGGGUCUACAUUAUUUUCCCAUGAACAAGACGCCGAGAUAAAAAGACUUUUAAAAAAGUUACACCAUGCACAGAGGUGGGGAGAAUUCCUGGGGCAGUACGAUUCGUGCACUGCUUACUCAGUAUCCUCUGAUGAACAAAGCACAAGUGAUAAUGCACUACACGGACAAGGCAGUCGACUCCCAUCAUCUUCCAGUUCAGCACUUCACGAGGUCACCAACCAAGGGAACCACAACAACAGUAAUGAAAAAGGUACAAAGGAAGACGUUUCAAAUGGAAAUUUACCCUCUCACACGAGCAGUGAUGAUGAUAAUCGACAUGAUGACAGCUGUUCAUAUUUCAGCUCAGACAUUUCGAAUGACUUGAUAACAGUGAAUAAAGAGAUAGAGGAAGAAGGGAAAAAAAAAAAAAAAAAAAAAUUCCAUUUUGUGAAGAAAAUAUAA